AUGUCCAACUCGCCUACGCCGGCGUCGCGCCCUGGCGCGCAGAGAGGCUACGUCGUCCGCCUCGAGUGUCCCCACGAACUCGAUGACGGCGCCUGGGACGGACCCAUCUACGUGCGGCUGCAGGAGCCGCGCUAUCUCCAACCAGGGGACAGCAGUGUCUUCCUCCUCGACGACUCCUCUCGCCGGCCUGGCUGGCUUUGCCAGUUGAUCUUCUACCCGCGCGAGUUCGACACCUCGCCCCCGC